CGACCCCUGCGUCCCUUGUCGGGCAUCUCCUGUCCCAUAUGUCCCCAAGUUGUCACUGAUCCUUCCACAUGGCCCCUGUCCCUUGCACAUCGCACAUCCCCUGUCCCCUCCCUGUCCCUUGCACGACUGACCGUGUCCCGUGUCCCUCAGAUGUCCCUGCGGGACACGGAUCCUGUCCCCCCGCAUGGCUCCUGUUGUUAGCGCUGUCCCCCCGGACCGGCCUGUCCGUGUUCCCCCGCGCCAUCCCUGUCCCCCCGGGCCGGCCUGUCCCUGUCCCCCCGCGCCAUCCCUGUCCCCCCAUGUCCUGUGACCCUGGGGUGGCCCCGGGUCGCUGCCGUGUCCCUGCGGGGGCGUGGCCUGUGGAAAGGGGCGUGGUUAAUGCGAAGGGGGCGUGGUCAGAGGUGGUAGCGCCUCACCCGCCUUCCGGGUCGGGACCGGCCGAGCGGAGCCGAACCGGGACGGGCCGGGCCCAGCCGAGCUCCACCGGGCGGUACGAUCCGAGCAGAACCCGAGCGGGCUGAGCCGAACAGAGCCCGGCUCUCUGCACUGAGCCGAACCGGACCGCGCCGGGCCGGGAUAGCCGAAGGCGCUCCAACCGGCGCUCGGGCCGAACCGAGCGGAGCCGGGAGUAGCCGAAGGUGCUCGGACCGAACCGAGCGGAGUCGGGAGUAGCCGAAGGCGCUCGGGCCAUGGGGCAGAUCGAGUGGGCCAUGUGGGCGAACGAGCAGGCGCUCGCCGCCGGGCUCAUCCUGCUGACGGGCGGGAUCGUGGCCGUGGCGGGGCAGUUCAAGGGCUGGUACUUCGCGGCGUAUUCCAUCGCGGCAGGCGUCCUGGUCUGCCUGCUCGAAUAUCCCAGGAGCAAGCGGAAAAAGGGCUCCACCAUGGAGAGGUGUGGCCAGAAGUACCUGACAGCCGUGGUGAAGCUGUUCGGGCCCCUCACCAGGAAUUAUUACGUCCGAGCCAUCCUUCACGCCGCCCUGGCUGUCCCUGCCGGUUUCCUCCUCUCCACCAUCCUCGGCACUGUCUGCCUGGGCAUCGCCAGCGGCAUCUACCUGCUGGCUGCUGUUCGAGGGGAGGAGUGGAGACCCAUCGAGCAGAAGCCCCGGGAGCGGCCACAAGUGGGGGGCACCAUCAAGCAGCCGCCCAGCAACCCCCCACCCCGACCCCCCCCCGAUGCCCGCAAGAAGCAGCCGGAGGUGGGGGGGCAGGUGAACCCCAUCCCUGUGGAGGCAGAAUGAUGGGGGAUCCUCCUGCCCCACUGCCCUGCUCCUGCUCCUGCUUCCCAGCUGCUCCUGGAUCCGCUGCAGGGAACGGGCUCCUGGGGAUCCCCAAAACCCCGGGGGAGCUGAGCCCCUCGGUGUGGGUCCCCAGCUCCUGGUGAUGCUCAGAUCCCUGGGAUCAUUAAAUCCCCCUGGGCUCCCCAAGGGAUUCCCCAGUGAUGCUGUGGGGUCCCCAGCUCCUGGGCAUCACCAGACCCCCAGCAAUGCUCAGCUCCUUGUAGGAUCUCCAUCUCCUGGGGGUCCCCAAAUCCCCAAAGAUGCUCAGCUUUGGCCAUGGAUGUGAUGCUCCCUGUGGGGUUUCUGGCCUCUGGGGGCUUCCCAACUUCUGGAGAUUCCCAAAUCCCUGGGGCUGCUCAACUCCCUAUGGAGUGUCCAGCUCUCAGGAGCUCCCCAGCUCCUGGACCUCCCCAAAUCCCCAAGGAUGUCCAGUUUCCCGUGGGAUCUGCAGCUCCCAAAGACUUCCCAGCUCCUAAGGGUGCCCCAAAUCCUUGGGGAUUCUCAGCUCCCUCUGAGUCUCCUGUUGCCAGGGGCUCCUCAGCUCCUGGGAAACCCCAGGUCCCUGGGCAAGCUCAGCUCCCUGAGGGUCCCAACUCUCCAAGAAACCCCCAGUUUCCUGGGGGAUCCUCAAAUCCCUGUGGAACUCCAGCUCUCAGGGAAUCCCCUGCGCCCUGGGGGGGAUCAGGCAGCUCUGCUCCGGCUCUCCCUGGUUUUUGUCAUUUCUGCAGUUGCUGUUGCAAUAAAAAGUGGGAAAGGCA